UCUUUUUAAAAUAUUAUUUUAUUCUAUGUUAUUUUUUUGAAAUUGUGAAAACUGAACAACUAUUGAAGAAGAGUGAUGAGAAUAAAUGGAAAUACUCCAUUAUUUUGGAUAAAGUUUUUUUUCUUUUAUGGAGGAUAAAUAUCUCUGCGCCUUCAUUUUCUAAGGUCACCUAGAUUCCCUUUCAACUCAUUCCCUUGUUUUGCGCUCUCUGAGACGAAAGAAGUCGUUGAAUGUGCGUUGGACAUGGCGUCUGCCUGCGUGAACCCCGUCGGAAUGUCGCCGGACUCCUUUCUGGACUGCGCUCCGGCCAAGUACUCUUCCUAUGGCUGGCUCAGCCCGAGAGCUUCCUACAGUCAGGAGUUCCCCGACGAGAAGGAUAGUACAGCCGGGACGAAGCGUCAGUCCCAGCGCCAGGAGAACUUUGGCGACGCUAAGGAGGAGGAGGACUCAGAUCCGGAGCUCUCCGUGAAGGAUGUAGGAGAUUUUGAGUUCCGCCUCGACGAUCCGGUCAUAAUGCUGCCGGCGGACGAGCUGUUCUAUGACGGAAAGCUGGUGCCGCUACAUCUGUCGAUGAUUCGGCCGGCGGCGGCGGCGGCCUCCGCCGCCGCGACUGCGUCCGUGGAGGUUAGAUCUCCGGAUACGCCCAAGCUGCGGAUCAGAAACGAGAUUUCCGGUACGGAUCCCUACCUGUUCUCUCCCAAGGCGCCGAGAUGUUCCAGCAGGUGGAAGGAGCUUCUAGGGUUGAAGAAGCUCUACCAGAACAGCAACACGAGGCCGGACAAUCAGAAAUUGGCGUCGUCUUCCUCGUUGCUGAACAAUAGCGGCCAUAAAACUCUGAAAAACUUCCUGAAUCGCACCUCGAAAUCCAUGAACUCGUCUAUUGACGCCUCCCUCAGCCUUCCCCUGCUAAGGGACUCCGACAACGAGUCCUUGUCUGUCUCUUCCAGGCUAUCCCUCUCGUCCUCCUCUUCCGGCCACGAGCACGACGACCUCCCUCGCCUCUCCCUCGAUUCCGAGAAACCGAACGGCCACGCUCGCAAUGCAAGUCAAAAUAUCAAUCCUCCUCGAGUUCGAGCGGUGAGGCCGAGGGCGUCGUCGUCGGAGAACCCCACAUCCACGGCCACGCGAAUGGGGCGGAGCCCAAUGCGGAGAGCACCAGAUGCAGCCACGACAGCAGCGCGUGGAGUCUCUGUGGACAGUCCACGCAUGAACUCGUCGGGGAAGAUAGUCUUCCACAGCCUGGAGAGAAGCUCGAGUAGUCCAAGCAGCUUCAACGGCGGCCCAAGGUACAAGCUCAGAGGAAUGGAGCGGUCGUAUUCAGCCAACGUCCGCGUCACUCCGGUCCUCAACGUCCCAGUCUGUUCUCUGAGGGGGUCAUCCAAAUCCGGCGUCUUCGGGUUCCCUUUAUUCUCAUCAUCUUCCCAACCGAGAAAGGAAUCCGGCAGCUCCAGCAUCGGAAAUGGCUCCUCCGGGGGAAGUAAAUCUCACCAGAGCAUCUCCAAACACCACCGAACAGAUCGCAUCAAGGAAUGAUUUGGGUAAUCCAAACUCAACUUUUUUCCAGUCAAAAACAAUUCUCUCAAUUCCAUUUUGCUUUCUUUUGAUUGAUUAAUUAACUCCUAGAUUAGACUAGAUGCUGAGUGAGUGUUGUGUUGGGUGUUUGAAUCCUUUUCCUUCUGAUUAAUUUCUUUUCUUCUUUUUUUGUUAAAUUUUUAAAAUUUUCCAUCAAGAAUUGGCAUGAGAGAAUGUGUAAAUAGUUAGUUUUGGUGGUCUGUUAUUCGACCAGAUUGAACUGUUGAAGUGAACUCUGAUUAAUGUUCAUUUU